AUGGCUAUCAUCAACCCCGUCUACGCACUCAUAGUGCCCUUCCUCUUUGUCUUCACUAUACCCCUGGCCAUCUUCGCCGGAAUCACCACAACCCUCGCCUUCUCCGUCCUCAUGUUCCGGGUCGCCGUCGUAUAUGUCGACAUAGCAGUCAACAUGGUACCGCAGUACCUCACCGGCCGGCGGGUCUACCCCUUCCCCAGAGGCUACGCCAGCGCCCUCCUCUCAACCACAGAGGCCUCGUCGAACAUGCCGCCCUCCCCGGUCGGCAGCGGCACCAGCUCGCCCCCCACGAGCAGGCAGGUUGCCCGGCACCACCGCAGGCGGCGGACUAGCGGUGCAAGCCUGCACUCGGUCGGGUCUAUCACGCCCGUCGACGACCACAUUGGCGGGAGCAAGCGUAACUCCUUCAUGAUGAUCCCGUCCAUCGGGAUGGACCGCGACUUCGAGGGCGUCGGCGGCUGGCGCCUGGGCGGCAGGAACCCGGACGACGACGACGACGCGUGGACCCACAUCAACUCCCGCCUGGAGCUGCCCCUCGACUACCAGAGAAAGCACCACCAGCGGUCGCCCUCCGGCGGCGGCGCGACCACCCCCGGGGGCGGCAAUGCUGGCGAGUUCCUGAUGAUGAAGAGCCCCACGUCGGCGAGAUCGCAGGAACGGUCACCCGAGAAGGGCGGCAAGAGGGGCAGGGACAAGAAGGACAAGGACGGCGGCAGUGCGAAGAUUUUAGGUGGCCCUAUUGUCAUGUCGCCAAAUAGUUCGAGGGUCAGGACACCCACGAAUACAAUGCCACCGCCCUUGACGACGGUGGCCGAGGGAGACGGAUAUUUUCCACGUCUGCCCAAAGGCUGA